AUGAAAUCAAGAAGGACAUCAUCCACUGGCGUGAACACAGCCAGUGUACCACCAAAGACCCAGCAAAACAGUGGGAAGUCCACGCGCCGUCGAAACAUAGCGAAAGCUCAAAAGUCGAAGUCGACAGAGCCUUCUACGAGCAUUUCAGCCUCUUCUAGCGAAGAAGGCAGCAUAACAACAGCACUUGAUCACAAAUCGACAAAGCAAAAGGUUGGAGAAGACGAUAUUUCGACAUUAACCGCUUUUCAGACUUCUCAGCUUUUGGAACUGGAUCUAUACGCCAGAGGACGGAGAUCUGUUCCAACUACUCCCCGUAGCACUUUCUCAGAGCUCUUGAGCAUGUGCUAUGGUGAAGAAAUGCACCAUGAUUCUGACACAUCUCUACCAUCAUGCUGUUUCAAGAAAGACCAUUCAGUUGAAAUAGUCCAAGAUUUGUCACAGAGUUUCCAAAUGAUACAGAUUGUUGGCCUGGGCAUGAAACUGAAACAACUAAUCACACGAAGAUUGGAUUAG